ACAAUCCUAAAGCUGAAAGCUAUGCUAUCCCCUCAGCAUGGUCGAAAGAAUAUGCCGCUAAUUACAAACUCAUGAUAUCUCGUUCCUUCACCUUUUAGGUCUCCCGUUGGUUAAGUAGGCAUCCACCGUUGCCGACUCCCUGAGGCUUCUCGACUUCACUGCGAAGCCCGUCCGCUCCGCCGGUAAAGGGGAUGGCCGACGGCGGCGGCGGCGGCGGAGCCCCCUCGUCCUCCUCCUCCUUCUCCAGAGACCACACUACUGGAAUCACCGGCGUUCAAGAUAAGCCCUCCUCCUCCUCCUUGGACGGUGCCUUCCUCCUCCGCCUCCUCCAAACCCCCCCUCAGACCCAACCCUCCGCCUCCCCUUCCCCUCUUCUCCCAAACUGCCCACCCCACUAUCACCACGACCCCGCCGUCGCCGCCUUCGGCCCCAGCUGCCCCUUCUUUCCCCGCGAUUUCCGACCUCCACCGCCCUCCUACCCUCCUCCUCCUCCGCCGGCGGCGGGCCACUUCCCCGAAGCUCUCCACUUCUCCCUUCCCCCCUUGUCCCAGCACCCGGGCCUCUGGCCGCCGCCCCCCGGUUUCCCUCCCCUCGGCGCCGAUGCCACGGGCUCCCCCGGAACCGGGAACCACCCUUUCUUCUGGAUGGACCACCAAAGAUUAGGGUUUUCGGCUCCCAACGUCGGCCCUCUUGCUGCCGCCCGUCCAAGCAGCGAUCUUUACGGAAUUCUUGGGCACCCGCAUCCAGAUAGGGUUCUCGUGGAUAAAAUAGAGUCAAGUAGGAAGGUUUCCGGUUCUCGGGGGCCAGAAGAGAGGAAUGAUUUGAGACCCCCAUUGGGUUUUCAGUUUCCGGCUGGUCGUGCUGCUGAAUUGGACAGAGGGUUGGCUGGCCAGAGCCUCCCCAAAGUUAGUUCGGCGCCAUGGAAGGCGCAGGCUGAGAGGUCACAUGGGCACUUUGAGCGGAACCAUUUCCAGGCGCAGGCUGAGAGGUCACGUGGGCACUUUGAGCGGAACCAUUUCCAUGGAGAGAAAGGAAAGGGUGCCCCAUUUCAGAGGUCAGGUAGAAUCAGGGAACAAGGGACGCCAUUGGGUCCUGUACACAGGCCACAGGGACUGGAGCAAUGGGUCGCUACGCAUGAGAGGCAAGAUGGGGAUCAAAAGGUGGUGGGGAGGAGGGAGAGGAGUUGGAGGGACGAGAAUCAUCAGUCUCCGUCUCACCCAGAACAUGUAGUUUUACAAAGAGAGUUUCGGCAUGAUCAUCACAGGACCCAUAGUGAUAUUCACCUCAAAUCGCAGCUUAAAAGUCAGCUUGUUAGCUCUAGUCAACCUAUCAACAGCAGUCGACAUCCUGUUGGAGAAUCAGAGAAGGAUGCGAAUUAUGAGGUUGUUGACAGAGGGAAUAACGCUAGAAGGAACAGUCUGGAAAGUUCAGACCAGAGAGAAAUUGAUGAUAUAUCAUCUAGAAGGGAUACUUGUGGGGAACAAGAUGUGUUAGGGGAGCAACUUACGGAUUCUCUGGAGCUUAGGGUUGAUUCAGAGGCUAGGAAUGCCAUGACACAUAUGAGUACUUCACGGGGUAAGGACGUCAGGUCAGAUAUUUUUAGAGGACAUUAUGUAUCAAACCAACGAGUGAGAAUCCGAAGGAGAGCACUGGAAUGUCGCUGGGACAUGGAUGCGCUGACACAUAGUUUCCUUUCAAUUUUUGAAUCUUUAGUACCUACGGAGGAGGAAAUAGCCAAGCCAAAGAAAUUGUUACUCUCACUGGGGAAAUUGGUAAACAAAGAAUGGCCCAAUGCUCAGCUGUACCUUUAUGGAUCAUGUGCCAAUUCAUUUGCGGUCUCAAAUAGUGACAUUGAUGUCUGUCUUGCUAUUGAUGACAAUGACAUAAGCAAGCCCAAUAUUCUGUUAAAGUUGGCAGAUAUCUUACAGUCUGGAAAUCUUCAAAAUGUGCAGGCACUAACUCGUGCUAGGGUUCCUAUAGUAAAGCUGAUGGAUCCAGUUACUGGACUUUCUUGUGAUAAAUGCAUCAAUAAUCUCUUAGCAGUUGUUAACACAAAGCUCCUGAAGGAUUAUGCGCAAAUAGAUGACAGAUUAAGGCAGUUGGCUUUUAUUGUGAAACAUUGGGCCAGAUCUCGUCACAUCAAUGAAACAUAUCAAGGGACACUUUCUAGUUAUGCUUAUGUGCUAAUGUGCAUUCACUUCUUGCAACUGCGCAAGCCUGCAAUUCUUCCUUGUUUACAGGCAAUGGAAGCAACUUAUGCUGUAACCAUAGAUAACAUUGAAUGUGCUUACUUUGAUCAAGUGGAAAAACUGCAUGAUUUUGGUGCCAGAAACAAGGAGAGUAUUGCACGGUUGCUUUGGGCAUUCUUUCAGUACUGGGCAUAUCAUCAUGAUUACACAAGUGAUGUUAUAUCUGUUCGAACGGGAAGCAUCAUUAGCAAGCAAGCUAAGGAUUGGACAAGGCGGAUUGGAAAUGAUCGUCAUCUAAUAUGCAUAGAGGAUCCCUUUGAGACUUCUCAUGAUCUUGGCCGUGUGGUUGACAAAAACAGCAUUAAGAUUUUGAGGGAAGAAUUUGAACGAGCUGCAGAUAUUCUGCAGUGUGAUCCGAACCCCAGUGUCACGCUCUUUGAGCCUUAUGCACCAAAUUCAAUGCAAAGUUCAAACCAAUAGGAUUUUGUGAAUAGGUUUCUUAGCUUUAAUUGUAUAUCCUUGUUCCUUUUGGGAGGGGCGAGGUUUUCUUAUAUCCCUUUUGUGCAUAAUAUGUAUUAUGGUGGCAACUAUGUUUUCUGCUGUAAAGAAACUUCUAGGUCUGCAAGUUAUGUAGCUUAAUUAUUUUCAUAUCA